CAUAUGGGGGCCGGCUAGUGACAGUGAGACCAUUCUUUCUGUUAAUAUCCGAGACUUACAGUAGACUGAUAGGUUUGCCUACUCUAGGUAACACUGGAAUAGGGGCUGAUGCUUAGUCAUCAUGUAUCAUGAAGAGGAUUGAAUAACUACAAUCAAAACAAAAGAAUUGUUCGAGUACAAGGUGGCGCGCUAUGGAGAGAUGUAUACUCGGCACUUGAGCCAUACGGAGUUGUUGUUGCCGGCGCUCGCGCCGCAAGUGUUGGAGUCGGUGGAUUCUUACUGGGCGGCGGCCACAACUUCUAACUUCGGCGUAGUCACCCGCUUCGAUAUUUCGGCGGCUCGGCCAUCAUGUUCUGGGCUUGGCCACGAACCAGGAGCUCGAGUCGCCUAAAGGUUAUCAGUAUGUAGCCCCUUUUCACGUACCUACCUACUAGGCAGGUAUUAGUUAGACAUUCCUACCUAGGUUGAGGGAUAGUAUGUUAUGAUGGUUGUCGGAGAGUUCUUAGCUAACACGUCUACCGAUCAGCAACAUCUGGUUCACCAUCACAGUCCACAACAACCCCGCGAUCAUGCACUACAUCACCGACCAGCACAACUUAUUCAACUCAUCGUGGCGCCAAGCUACGGGCGAUACAACCUUCAGCCUCAACGCCAUCUUCCACCCUUCCCCCCGGGUGAUCUUCGAGCGCGGGGCGGAAAGGAGCGGCAACAUCCUCGGCAUGGACCACCAGAAGGGGAAUUGCAUCCUGGUGCAGAUCUUCAUGGCAUUCAGCGGCGCCGAGCUGGAAUUCGAGGCGCGCCGGCGACUAACCGCGUACCACGCAGCUGUGAAGCAAGAAGCCGUUAAGAUGGGGGCUUACGUCCCGUUCGAGUACGCGAAUUACGCGGAUAAGACGCAGGACCCGAUUGCGACUUACGGCGAGGAGAAUAUGGCGUUCUUGCGCAGGGUGAAGGAUAGGUAUGGCCCCGGUGAUGUCCUCCGCAAGCGUAUGCCGGGCGGGUUUAAGAUCCCGGAAGAGAAGGCCAAUGUGGCGAGGUGAGGUUAUGGCAGUAUCGCGAGGUUUGCUGGUGGGCGGUUCAUCUGGGAUAUUUUGCAUGUGAAGGCCGUGGUCGCCGGCAUACCUCCUUGGCAUAUUAAAUCUCGGAGCGGUCGCAAAUCUUAGCCACGAUAGGCAGUUGAUGGCUCGGCAUCACGAUGGAUAGUUGUAAAUAUCAGGUACAGCAGCGAAUAUCUCCAUUAUCGCUGCUGUGCGAGGUGUUUUCUCGCAGCCGUUGUCCAUAUACUUGGGACUAUCACGGGCUGAUUUCCGAGUUUCGGGAGUUGUCGUCGUACCUGAGAAGGGGCCGUCGAGUAUUACCUUCUUCUUUCUAAUUAGUGACGUGCCAAGUAUCACAGCUUCAUUAUCUCAAAACGUGGGUUAAUCAUUUUGGUGUGUUUGAACGCCAGAAGAACGAUGACACCCCCCUCGUCCUUUU